AUGGCCGACGCACAUAAGGAACAGCAGAAAUUCCGCAUACUGGACCUACCAGCAGAGUUGCGCCUCAGGAUUUACGAAUAUGUGCUGAAAGAGCAAGACACGAUCUCCAUACUUUACAUCAACCGCACGAUCUCGCCGGGCGUAUACAAAAUGGAGUUUGUCCGCCCCGGCCAUCGGCGUGACAAGCACCAUCGCGGUGUUAUCUGGGACCGACGAAGUCGUGGAUGGGUUCCAGCGCCACCUUCGCCUACUGCACUCCUUUUAGUCAACAAACAAAUCAAUGCUGAAGCGACCAAAGUCCUAUACGGCAGCAAUCGCUUUAAAUUCGCGGACCUUUUUUGCCUCCGAGAAUUUAUAGAACUCCUCGGUGACCGAGCUCAAUGGUUCCAACAUAUUGAGUUAUCAAUCUCUCAGAACGCGUCGUGGACCUACACUUGGGGGAAUGUGCGGAAUGUCCGCGGCUGA